AUGGCAAACCCAGGCAACGUUGCAGGUGGUCUCAAGGCAACCAUUAACAACCCUAACGUCUCGGACCAAGCCAAAGCCCACGCCGAGCACAGAUUAGAGACCGAGGAAUUCCCUUCCGUCACCGAGGAAGCCAACCAAUCCAAAAACCCCAACAACGUUAUCGGCGGGAUCAAAGCUGCCAUCAAUAACCCGAACGUUUCUGAAGCAAAAAAAGAUGAGCUUCGCUCCAAGCUCGAUGACGCCUAA